AUGCUCCGCGCCGGCCUCGCAGCCCUCGCCCUCGUGGCAGCGGCCACCGCAGCCCCUAUCACAGAGCCCACGAAGACACUGCAGGCGCGCCAGUUGACAAUCGGAGACCCAUCAUCGCCAUCUCCCACAUUCAUCAUCCUGCCCCCAGUCGUGGGCGGCCUGAACCCGUCCACCAAACGAGCAACGAGCACACUGGCAGCCCGCCAGUUCACCUGGGGCGACCCGUCGACCUGGUUCGGGUCCGGCGACGAACAGCCCCCGACUCCCUCGCCCACAUUCAUCAUCCUGCCCCCCGUCGUAGGCGGCCUGAACCCGUCGACCAAGCGGGCAACGAGCACACUGGAAGCGCGCCAGCUCACCAUCGGCGUCCCAUCGACCGGCCCUAUUGUCCCGGAUCAGCCCAUCCCGGGUGGGUCUAUUGUGCCAGACCCGGAGGUCCCCAGCGGUCCGGUCCAGAUCAGCGAUUAG